CCGGACUCCGCAGUGCUGCCCGUCUACGAGGAGUGCGUUUGAUUGUUGCAGGGCUCAAUGGCGGACAGAGCAGGUUAGUCGCGUUAGCACCGAGGACAAUAACAUCUGACUGUGUGAAUUCCAGGCGUGACUUUGUCCGCCGCCGCGUGCCCUGCGGGUGCAACGGUUGAAACGGACUCUCUCGUGCAUUAACGUUAAUUACAAAGUCGCUGCAGCUAUUUUGUGCUCGUCUUUUGGCAUUCUUGAGUUCCCAUCCCGAGCGGAGAAGUUAACGUUACACUGUUCAUGGUGGCUCUCUGAAGACAGCUAGCUUGCGAGCAAACCAUGGGUGACUCUCUCGAACUGAUUGGGAAGCGUCUGCUUCUGCUCCUCGACGACCGCAGGUCCGCGAAUGGAUCCGAGCCGGAGCAGGCUGCCUGGGCCCGGGACUGGCUUCGGGGGACGGUGCGGGCAGUGAGCGUCAUCGGCCUCGCCGCCCCGGAGGUUAGCGGAGAGGCGACGACAACAACAACCCCUGCUGCAGGACUGACGGUAUUUGUGGAGUUUGAGAAUGCUUUGCAGCGGUGUUCUUGGGUGCAGGUGUAUGACGAGGGGGUGAAAGCUGUGUUGGUGGAAGACUCCAUUGUUUGGGCCAAUCGGAGCGACGGUACUGGGGCUACUGGAGCCUCAGCCACAGGCUGGCCCGCUCUGGUUUUCCGCUCCCUGGUGGACAGAGUGGGUUUAGGAUCGUUGGUUCCUGUCGAGUAUUUUGCAAACAAAAAUUUUGAGUUCCUGCCUGAUAACAAAACUGUCCAGAGGUUUGAGGUUGAUAAAGACACGAGACACCCUUUGCUGUUGGAGCAGCCCUCCCUGCAGGCUGCCAUCUCCAGCUGGCGCACUGAUUUUGAACUGCAAGAGAUCUUCAGGAAGGGCUCAUACACUAUUCAAGGACGCAGGGUUCGCGUGUACCAGCCAGAGUUUGAGGAGUGCUGGGCCUUAGGACUUGUCUCACAGCACGACCCUAUUUCACACAUUAUGGAGAUUACCUUAGAUAAGGGAGAAGAAAACCAGAUGGUAGAUCCUCGUGUGAUACAUGUCAUGCUGGCAGAGGAGGAGUGUGGUAAGAAUGGGCGGCGGAGGAAGGACAGUGAAACAAUGAAGGGUGACAAUGGACGCAGGCGUAGGACUGCCUCCGAAGGUGAGGAUGACUUGAACUUGAAACGUUUUAAAGGAGCAGGUGAAACUGGAGCUGACGGGCAAAACUGUGCCGAUUCCAACGAAACCCCAGCGGAAGGGAUGGGGAUCUGGAGUGGAGACUUGAGCGAAAGAGUCAGCAGCACAACCAAAAACGGAAGCUCUUCAGAAGGAACCUUCCCCCAGGGCAGAGGGCCAUCCCCCAACACCAACUCCACUCUCCAGAUGGACCAAUCAAACGCUACUCCUCCUCGUUAUCCCGCCCACGUCAAAGAAAACGGUCGCUCACUCUCCACACAAGGGGCAGCUGACUCCACCACUGCCGUUACUCACACCCCCACCCCUCCUCCCCUCAAACCAGCCCCCUCUCCCUUCUCCACCACAUCUUUCCCCUCACUAGGCCAGAUGCCAAGCCUGGUCCCUGGAGCGCCAGCCCCCAAGGCCUCCCCUUCACCCCAGCCAGACAGAGAGGAGGCUUCCCAGUCAACUUAUUCCAAAGCUGCUCUUGUUUCCCCGGGGCCUGUCACCAUUUCUUGGUCGCAUGAGAGCGGCCCUAGUGUGACACUUUCUGCUUCUGUUGGUUUUAGUCCUAAAGCCCCCACCUGGGGAAGCCAGACUGAGGGCUCUAAAACUCCAUCAGGUUUUCGUUUGCCCCAGGCUUCUGCUUCUGUAUUUGGGGACGUUACCUCUCAGAGCAAUGGAGCUCCUGCCACUACCCCAACCUCCCAGGAUGCUCCCAGGCCCUUUGGCUUCGGCUUUGGCGGAGCAAAGAACGAGACUCAAUCUCAGCAAGACCAGAACUUGUUUUUCCAGUGCAUGACCCAGAAUUCUAGCUCCAGCCCAAGUCUAGCUGCUGGUCAGACUCAGUCCAAGGACACCAAUUAUUUCACCGCAGUGUCUGAGAGCCUGAGUAAAGAGCCCCCAAGCCUUUUCAAGCCCACAACCUCCAGUGAAGGGCUGAAAAAGCCUGAGCAGCCCAAAGUGCCUGAGACCCAUCCGACGGGAAAUGGUGUGCUCAACAAAUCCUCAUCUGCCUUCCAGGGCAUAGGGGGCUCUGCAGGAGGAAGAGGCUCUGCUAUUGGUAUUGUUGGUCUGGCUGCAGCCUCUGGGGCUCAGAGUACUUCUAAAAAGAGCAGUAAUAAUGGAACUUCUGUGGGGGGCUUAGGGCUACAAUCUGUUUUUAAUACUUCAGAUAGCCACCAGAACCUUUUUCUGCAGGCCUCAAAAGAGCCCACCAAUCCAUUUCUGGCCUAUGGGGACAAAACCUCCCACACCUCUUUUGCUGGCCUCACUGGGGGCGAGUCACAGACUCUCGGUCCUCCCUCGGACAGCAAACCAAACCUCUUCACUAUGGUAGAGCCACCUAAGGGGAUUCUGUCUUCCCCUUUCCCAGCACUCUCAGCAGCUGCUUCACCCAACUCUUCCUCCUCUCCAGCACCGGCCUCGUCACAGAGGUCACAGAGUGAAGGUACAAAGGAGGAGCAAGAUGUUGGGGUGAUGCCUCCAUCCACCUCAGGCUGCCCCAUGUUUGGAAGCACUGGCCCUGGAGCAAUGGAGGAGGUCCCUGUGUCCUUCGACCAGAGCCAGUCUCAGAAGUUUACCCUGGAGGAAAGAGGCCAGUCAUCCAAACAUGACUCUGACUCCAGCAGCAACAGUGACUUAUCAGACCUGAGUGAGAAUGAGGAGGGCCCAGAGAAAGGCCAAGUCCCAGGAGGACCACCACACCCUGCCAAGGAUGGGGCAAUGUUGCCGAAAACUAAAGUCCAAGGGGCCGCUAAGAGCCGUCCACGUAACAAGCCUUUCAAAGUGGGCCAGUCUGUACUAAAAGACCAGAGUAAAGUGCGUCGUCUGAAGCAGUCUGGGGAGUCCUUUCUCCAGGAUGGCUCCUGCAUCAAUGUGGCCCCUCACUUGCACAAGUGCCGCGAGUGCCGCCUGGAGCGUUACCGUAAAUAUCGAAAUACAGAUGGAGAUAGUGAUGAUGAUGACGACCCAAAUGUGGCCUGUCGUUUCUUCCACUUCAGAAGGUUGGCUUUCACUCGAAAAGGUGUACUGCGUGUGGAAGGCUUCCUGAGCCCUCAACAGAGCGAUUCAAUGGCCAUGGGUCUGUGGCUGCCUGCACCAGCUGUCCAAGAGGGCCUUGACCUCGAUACGUCCAAGUACAUCCUGGCCAAUGUGGGAGACCAGUUCUGCCAGUUGGUCAUGUCUGAGAAGGAGGCCAUGAUGAUGGUGGAGCCUCACCAGAAAGUGGCGUGGAAACGUGCUGUGCGAGGCGUCAGAGAAAUGUGUGACGUGUGUGAGACCACCCUGUUCAACAUCCACUGGGUGUGUCGAAAGUGCGGCUUCGGAGUGUGUCUGGACUGCUAUCGGCUUCGCAGGAACAGGCCAAGAGAGGAUGUAGAUGAAGGUCCAGAGGAUGAGGUUUUCUCUUGGUUGAAAUGUGCCAAAGGCCAACCUCAUGAGCCACAGAACCUCAUGCCUACGCAGAUUAUACCUGGGACAGCUCUGUACAACAUAGGUGACAUGGUGCACGCAGCUAGAGGCAAGUGGGGUAUUAAGGCCAAUUGUCCCUGCGCCAGUCGACACACCAAGCCUCUAGUGCGCCCUAGUGCCCCCAAUGGGAUUUCACAGCAGUCUACAACAAGCAGUGGUGGCGUCCUUGCAGCUGCAGCUUCUAGUACUGGACCCAUUCAAAAAUCAGAGGGAGAAACGUCAGCAAUCAAAACAGAAACUACACAAACAGCAGCAUCAUCAGACAGUGGGGGAGGAGAAACUGUGGGAAGUACCAGUAACUCUGCCAGUGGUACGUCCUCCCCCUGUAACCUCCCCCAGUCCUCUUCCAAGGAGUCCCGCUUAUCAGGGGAGGGCAACAGCUCUGCUCUGCACUGGCUGGCAGACUUGGCCACACAGAAAGCCAAGGAUGACACCAAGGAAUCUGGUUCUCUUCGCUCCAUGAUGAGUCGAGACAGUCGGCCGCCCUUUGGCCUGGAUUCUCUCGGUGUCCUGUCAAAGCCUUCAGCUUCCAGCCCUAAGCUAUUUAACAGCCUGUUACUGGGCUCCAGCAUGGCCCAGUCCAAACCUGAGGGGUCCAGUCUCCGGGACCUGCUCAACUCCGGACCUGGCAAACUCCCCCAGGGCCCUGGAGAGAGUGGGGUUCCAUUCCCCUCUGUAUUUACCUCAGCAGGCAGUGACAAGCUAAAGAGCAGCCUCCCGAACUUCCUGGAUCACAUCAUUGCCUCAGUUGUGGAGACCAAGAAGGCUGAAGGCCGUCGGACCGGCGCCUCUGAGGGCGGCGAGCUAGGUGUGUUGGGGGGCCGCAAAGAUGGAGUUAUGGGCCUUAGUGUUUUGGAACCACAUACCUCACACUCCUGGCUCUGUGACGGGCGACUCCUCUGCCUACAGGAUCCCAGCAACAGCAACAAUUGGAAGAUCUUCAGGGAGUGCUGGAAGCAGGGACAACCUGUGUUGGUGUCAGGGAUACACAAACGGCUGAAAAGCCAUUUGUGGCUGCCCGAUGCCUUCAGUAAGGAGUUUGGAGACCAGGAUGUAGACCUGGUCAACUGUAGAAACUGUGCUAUCAUCUCUGAUGUGAAGGUGCGAGACUUCUGGGACGGCUUCCAGGUCAUCUCCAAGCGACUGCAAGAUAAUGACGGCCAGCCCAUGGUGUUGAAAUUAAAAGAUUGGCCUCCAGGUGAAGACUUCAGGGACAUGAUGCCCACACGGUUUGACGAUUUGAUGGAAAACCUUCCCUUGCCCGAGUACACAAAAAGAGAUGGUCGUCUAAACCUUGCAGCCCGUCUGCCCAACUUUUUUGUGCGCCCUGACCUUGGUCCUAAGAUGUACAACGCCUAUGGCUUAAUCUCCACUGAAGACAGAAAGGUGGGAACCACUAACCUCCACCUGGAUGUUUCUGAUGCUGUCAAUGUCAUGGUGUAUGUUGGCAUCCCUCACGGAGAUGGAAACGAGGAAGAAGAGGCAGAUAUCUCUGGGCGCAAAGAGGUCAUAACCACCAUUGAGGAGGGCGAUGUGGAUGAAAUGACGAAGAGGAGGGUGUAUGAAAUAAAGGAGAAACCUGGAGCUCUGUGGCACAUCUACGCGGCCAAGGACGCUGAGAAAAUCAGAGAACUGCUCCGCAAGGUGGGAGAGGAGCAAGGUCAAGAGAACCCUCCAGACCAUGACCCCAUUCAUGACCAGAGCUGGUACCUGGACCAGGUGCUCCGCCGCAGGCUCUAUGAAGAAUAUGGUGUCCAGGGUUGGUCCAUUGUACAGUUCUUAGGAGAUGCUGUAUUUAUCCCUGCUGGAGCUCCACACCAGGUGCACAACCUGUACAGCUGCAUCAAGGUGGCAGAGGACUUUGUGUCUCCUGAACAUGUGAGGCACUGUUUCAGACUGACGCAGGAGUUCAGACACCUGUCCACUACUCAUACAAACCACGAAGACAAGCUACAGGUGAAGAACAUCAUCUAUCACGCUGUGAAGGACGCUGUUGGGACACUGAAGGCUCACGAACCUAAAUUGGCACGCCCUUAGUUCCUCUCACUUAAUGCUGUCCCAAAACAACCAGCCUGUGAUGACCACCCCACUAAAUACACACACAGUAUGCAUUACACACCUACAUACACAAGUACAAGCUGCAGAGUGCAAAGAUAGACUGUAGGUUUUUUGGGACAGUGAAGGUCUGGGUUUGGGGAAAGAGGACAUUUGAUUUGGGGAGGGAUUAGACGGGAGGGGCUAGGCAGCGCUUGAUGAAGGAAGUCCUUUAUCGCUGUUACACAGUACGCUCAAACUUGUCUAGUUGUUUUCCAAUUGUUUUUUUGUUUUUUUUGAUUAACUCUGUAUUUAAGGUCAGUGUGUUUGUUCUGUUGUUUUCAUUGUAUAUGUAAGAUGUGAGAAUAAAGGAGGUAAAAGCUGACGUGCCUUUGGAGCAGAGGUUCAGCUACCAUAUAAGUGACUGACAAAAUGUGAGUACUGGGCUAACUUUCCUAUUUUGAUGACAGUGAUAUUAUUUUUCUUCAAUAGGAGCGAGGUUAACAUGUUUUUGUAGAUUAUUUUUUUUUGUUGUUGUUGGAGUUUUUAAACAGCUGAUUGCUUCUGCCCUCUGUGGCUGAGAUGAAUUUGCGAAGCAGCCAGUGAGGGGAAGCAGACCAAAGUUUUGUAUUUUUUGUUUUCUUAUUUCACUUUUAGAGUAAGAAGUCUUUUCUUUUUAUACGCCACAAGGUAAUGAUCAGGAGGACUUCAGAGAGGGCAGGUUUUUAUUUUUUACAUUAUUCUUUGGUCACCUAUCUUUGUCCCAUCGGCUGAAUGAACUGCAGACUUCCAACAAUAUUGUUCAAGAAUCACAAUUGCAGCUGAACAGAACUACUGGCCAUUAACAUUGUAUCAAUAUAUAUAUUGAUCUUAGCAGUCUGUUUGAUUUUUCACAAUAAAGUAUACAAAAACUA